CACUGAUCCAAAUCCAACCCAUAAAGCAAGGCAAGCAAUGUUAUCUGUGUCAUGGAGGUCUUCAUAUUCUUCCUUUAUACUAUGAUACUUCUCCCAGGUACCACCGGCACCGUGUAUCAGGUGAAGUCAUUUCUCAACCACACUGCAUACCUAUCCUGCUAUUUUCCAAACUCUCAGAAAAGUGACAUAAAGGAUUUAAUAGUUUUUUGGCAAAAAGGCUUUGAAGUGGUGCAUGAAGUGUACUACGGCCAAGAAAAACAUGAUAAUGUUAGUCCUGAUUAUAAAAAUCGCACCAAGAUGGAUAUGGACAAAUGGACCUUGCAGCUGUUAAAUGCAGGGAUUGUGGAUGAGGGACUGUAUGCGUGUAUCAUACAGCAGAGAGUUGAAGGAAUUUCAAGAGUCAUACAUCAAUCUGAGUGCUUACUGCACAUCAUUGCCAACUAUAGUCAACCUGAGAUAGCACGGCUGCACAAAGGGGAACUAAAGCCCAAUGAAUAUUUGAAGCUUUGCUGUUCUUCCAGUGGAGGUUAUCCAGUGCCCGAGCAAAUGACUUGGUUAAUUUCACAUGAAAACAAAACACUCAGGCUUAUGAAUGAUAUGGAUAUCUCACAGGAUGCUGUAACAAAGCUGUACAAUGUUACUACCAAGCUGAAUACCACAGUUCCUACAAACACCCUCACUAAUAUCAGCUGCUUGCUUUACCUUGGAGAGGAGCUGGGGAGCCUUGUCUCAGUGCCACUAAGCAUAGAGAUAAUUCAAGAGGAAGAAAGAGAGCAACUGAAGAUACAUUUCUUUGGCCCACUUAUAGCUGUGAUUGUACUGAUCACAAUUCUUCUAGGUUUUGUGAUCUUGAAGAACAGAAAUAUCUCAUCCAGCAACCAGGGAGUCAGUCUAGCAGUCUAGAAGCUAUCCAGCUUGAAACUGCAGCCAUUAGCCAGACUGCUGACUGGAAACUGUCUCUGCACAUAGCAAGGCCUGAGGUCCUGUGUUCUUACAUGGUGUGCCAGAAAAAGAAUCCUCCCAGAUAUCCAACAGAACAACAUGCAACAUUUUUACCUGAUGGUUAAAAUACACUGUCCAGUGUUCUCUGCUUUUACUUUUGUUCCAGAAUGGUAGUAAAUAUGAUGCUCUGCCUGUCUGCAUAACUACCUUUUUGCUGUAUCUUCCAUUACAUACCGUGACAUUGUAAAACCCUGAGAGUCAAUGAAGAAAGCAGAGCUGUGUGGGUCUCAGAAGAUUCAGAAAUAGAAAGUGUUAGGCUACAACCUGUGAAUCACAACCAUCACUGGAAACAUGAUCAGAGGCAGGUUAUUAAUUAUGAGCCAUAAAUGCUUUUGGGAUAGCCAGUGUGACUUUGUACCAGUAACUUUCUUGUAAAGCUCCAUCACUGAAAGAGGAAAUUCAAGGCAAUUCCCCACUCUCUGAGACAAGUUACACAAUUCCUAUGAGACAUUUGAAACUAGAAAUCACCUGAAGGAAAGACUUGCUUUAAACAUAAUUGCUGGUUAUCUUUUUUUUAGUAUCUUCCAAGCUUAAUAACCCAGACAGUUCCUGGACUUCCAGGAAUUCUGCUGGAUCCUGUACUAGUUCAGGUGGAUGCAGGGACAGAAAACGAAAGCAUGAGGUAUCAUUCAUAUGUGUAGAAAUCUACAUAUACAAAAUGAAGCUAAUCAUAUAAUGGAAAAAUAUAAGUGGGUUGUCUUGCAAUUUAUUUGACUGUGUUCUCCUUUUCUGAAGCUUGCUUCAACCCCUGAGGAUAGAGCAAUCCAUACACUGUGGUAUGCCCAGAUAUUGGAAGUAGUUUUAACUUUCAGAAAAGAUUCUCCAUUUCACUCAGAAAGGAAAUUUUUAGUCUGGGGACUUAGAAUCUCCUUGGUUUCUGCUGGGUACAAAUACUCUUUUCUGUCAAAUUAUGUGAGUUGCUAGAUUCCACCUAAAUUUUUACUCCACUUUCAAGUGUGUGAGAGAAUUUGCAUGUCCUUUUGAGUCAGCUAAACCGUUUCUGAGUCAGUUUAUUAAGCUAUUACACUAACAUUCCAAAUAUUGACAUUCAGAUUAAUAUCAUUCAAAUUUUAU